GUGGAACAUCGGAACUGUUCGAGGGGAAAAAAAAUGUCUCAGAACUUGAACGAAACUUUAGAACUCGAACCGAUGAACCUUUCAGGCUAAAACCUGUCAGAUACGAGACUUUUUUUAAAUUUUUUUUUUAAUUUAUUUAUAAAAAAAACCCCUGUAAAACAAAGCGUACGUAUGACUCAGUAUGAGUCAGUCUUGCCUGAGAACUCGUGGAGUGAACAUCUUGCUGAAUAGUGCUGUGAAUUUCCAUAUGUUUUUAUGGUGUUUUUUUUUUUUUUUUUUUUUUUUAAAUAUCUUGUCUUAAAUAAGCCAUCAUGGGUCCCAAGAAGGUUACUAGUGAAAGCAAUCAGCCAAAAAGGAAAAUAGUGAGAGCCACAAUAGAGGUUAAAAAGGAAAUAAUUGAAAAACAUGAUAGAGGUGUUUGCAUGGUUGAUCUGGCUGCACAGUAUGGAAUGCCUAAAUCUACGAUUUGCACUAUACUGAAAAAUAGAGACCAUCAAAGCAGCUGAUGUUGCUAAAGCAGUGAAAUCUAUUACAAAGCAAAGACCACAGGUACUUGAUAAGGUUGAAAAACUCCUCUUAAUUUGGAUACAUGAAAAAGUUAGCUGGUGAUAGUAUAUCAGAGGCAAUAAUAUGUGAAAAAGCAAGAAUGCUGCAUGCUGACCUCAUUAAAGACGCCCCUGGAACGAGUGAUGAUAGUGAGCCUUUCAAGGCUAGUAGGGGGUGGUUUGAGAAAUUCAAGAAAAGAAGUGGCAUUUAUAGUGUGGUGAGGAGUGGGGAGGCUUCCAGUGCAUCAGGUAUGUAUGUAUGUGUGUAUGUAUAUAGGUUUAAACAGGCAAUCAUUUUGGGGGUCUGGAAUGGAUUAAUCCAAUUUACAUUAUUUCUUAUGGAAAAAAUUGAUUUUUUUCAGAACUCAAAUGCCCUUCUGGAACGAAUUUAGUUUGAGUUCUGAGGUUCCACUGUAUUUUACCCUGUCCUUUAAAAGCGCUUCCAUUCUUGAAUACACUGUUUGCUUUUGUAUAUAUUUUUCUAAGGAGUUUAUAGCUGUAAUUUUUGACACUUGGAAUGCAAUGUUCAGUUUUCCUAUUUGCAGGUGUGUGUUUAAUCUUCACAACAAUCUGAUUUUUGAUCUAUAUUCAAGUAUAAAUGUACAGUCAGUCAAACCAAAGCCAUUUUAUAUCGCCAAAAACUGGCAAUUUUUCUGCUAGCUUUUUUUUUUUUUUUGGACUCCGGCAGACCUUAUAGCAUGAGCUUUUAUAUAUACUGUAUAAAUAUUCAUUCCACUCCGAUUUGAGUUGUCUGCAGCUUUCAAUCGGGCUUUAUGACAAUUUGUAUUGAUUUUUUGCAGCAUGCUCUCAUGCAGUUGAACAUCCAUUAAUGUUUAUGAAAGCUGUGUAAGUUUGAAAUCCUUGUGGGAAGGAUUUUAAUUUCCUCAUAUCAUUUCACUUCCUCUUGGUAAAUUACAGAACUGCGCAACAGUAACAGCACUUUGCAGUGGGUGUUUAAUUAGCGGUAAAGGACAGAUGAAUUCUCAGUGUUACACUAAGUACAGCAGAAGUCAAGACUAUCUUCCACAAGAAGAUAAAGAUUGGAAUCGGUACAAUGGAGGACAUUAGAAACUUGGCCAAAAAGGAAUUUGUUAGCGUUUGGGUCCGAGAUCCAAGGAUCCAGAAACGUGACUUCUGGCAUGCGUACAUAGAUUAUGAAAUCUGCUUGCAUACCAACAGCAUGUGUUUUAGGAAGAAGAUCUCGUGUGUUAGACGGCGCUACCGUGAGUUUGUUUGGCUCCGACAGAAGCUGCAGAACAAUGCUCUCCUCAUAGAGUUGCCUAAACUCCCCCCACGGAACCCCUUCUUUAGUCAGACCAACAACUUUCAUGUCGAUGACAGGAUGUACAAGCUGCAGCACUUCCUGGAAGCGGUCCUGCAAAUCCCUCUAGUGCUGUCUGACAGCCACUUGCACCUCUUCCUGCAAUCCAACCUCAGCAUUUCCAAGAUGGAGGCAUGCGCUGCCGGGCUGACGCAUUAUACAGUGGCUCAAGCCAUCCAGCGCAACGUGUCUGAAACCCAGCGCUUCCCUUCAGAGGAAGAGCUGCAUGAGGAGGAUAAGGCUUGCAGUGACUCUGACUCUGAUAGCACUUCAGCCCUUGGCUCCAGUAGUGAUCCUGGGACUCCCCCUGAGGAUGAGUUGAGACUUGGAGAUGGCAGCUCCUCUUCUUGUGACUGCCAGAAUGUUCAGGAGCAGGAAGAGCUCCUCAGUUGCUUGUCAUCUUUGCCCUGUGACGAAAAGGAAGGCUAGACCUUAGCUUGAUGUCUGACCUGAGACGAGAGCUGCUUUACUGCUUCACUUUACGUUGGUGCUAGUUGUAUUUCUAUAACAGUCUCCUUGUUUUAAUGGAACUGCCAUUUCAUGUCCCACAUGUCCAGUAUGUGCAUCUUAAACUUGUUUGUAUGUAUAACCCCCCCCCCCCUUAGUGGUUUAUCAAGUCCAUUAAAAGGGUUCAUAUGGAUAUGAAUGUGGAGUGAGACAGGCAGUCAUUCAUUUUUGAACAAGGAUUAAUCUGAAUUGUUUUGCAUUACUUGUCUGAGUGUGAGUACUUCCGUGUUUUCUCUUGUGUAAAAUAUAAUCUACAUUACUGUAAACUGAACUUAUAGGUCCUAGUUUGAGCAAAUGGGUUUUAAUUUGACUUAAUUUAAAAGUUAUUGUAACUCAAUUUUGAAAUGGUCAAGUUUUAUUUUUUUUAAGUUUUAUUGUA